UCUGGGAGGAAAAAUAACACCUGUACUGUAUGUUUCACCAGAAUAGCUUCAAACGUAGCUAUUUUUAAGGCAAUUUGAUUAUUUAAAAAAAAACUUUGCAGUUCGUUUUUGUUUGUUUUAUUUACUGUUUAACCUAUACACGUAUUCGGAGAUAGGCUUGGUGAUAUGAUAUUGCUGCGUGAGUUUCAGUGGAACAACAGUACAACAGAUCAACUAGAGCGAGCGCUCAGAGCGAAAGGUUUGGACCCUCAGCAGUCUUCCUCCCUGGGUAUUUUUCCUCGCUCCUUUGCAAGGAUUCACCUGCAACACCUGAAGAAUUUGAUUUCCACACUAGAAGGAUGUCGUAGCAGCGAGCGUGACCCCAGGGAUGUAACUGCUCAGGGCUCAAGAUGACUCUUCUCACUGGAGAUGGCUCAGACUACGACUACAGUGCCCUCAGCUGCGCCUCCGACUCCUCGCUCAACCACCCCUCCUUCUUGGAGCACGACGUCAUCAAAGGGGCCUUCUACAAGCGGGCCCAGCUCCUCCCUCCAGGGCAGGACAGCUACGCCUGGGCACACCCCGGCGCCCGCAAGCACCACGCCAUCAUCAACGUAGGCGGGAUGAGGUACCUGCUCCCGUGGACCACCCUGGAGAACUUUCCCCUCACGAGGCUGGGCCAGCUGAAGUUCUGCACCAACUUCGACGAGAUCAUGAGCGUGUGCGACGACUACGACGUGACCUGCAACGAGUUCUUCUUUGACCGCAACCCGGGGGCGUUCCGGACCAUCCUGACUUUCCUGAGGGUGGGCAAGCUGCGCAUGCUGAGGGAGAUGUGCGCCCUCUCCUUCCGGGAGGAGCUGCUGUACUGGGGCAUCGAGGAGGAGAGCAUGGAGUGGUGCUGCAAGCGCAAGUUCCUCCAGAGGAUCGAGGAGUACGGCGACCUGGACCAGGGCGAGGAGCUGCUGGAGACCGACAGCAGCCCCUGCGAGACCCUGCCGGCCGAGUCGCGGCUGGGCCUGUGCAUGGGCAAGCUCAGGGACAUGGUGGAAAGACCUCACUCGGGGCUGCCUGGGAAGAUUUUCGCGUGCCUCUCGGUCCUGUUUGUCACCAUCACUGCCGUCAACCUGUCCAUCAGCACCAUGCCUGGCUUGCGGGAAGAGGAGGAGACAGGCAAGUGCUCCCAGAUGUGCUACAACAUCUUCAUUGUGGAGACGGUGUGCGUGGCCUGGUUCUCCUUGGAGUUCUCCCUGCGCUUCAUCCAGGACCGCAGGAAGCUGGCUUUCUUGAGGAGGCCGCUCAACCUGAUCGAUAUCGUGGCCAUCCUGCCCUAUUACAUCACCCUACUUGUGGACACCACCUCUACUGGGGAGAAGAAACUGGGCUCAGGCAGCAGCUACUUGGACAAAGUGGGGCUGGUCCUCCGUGUUCUGCGGGCCCUACGUAUCUUGUAUGUAAUGCGGCUAGCCAGGCACUCCCUAGGCCUACAGACUCUGGGCCUCACGGCGCGACGCUGCACCCGGGAAUUCGGGCUGCUGCUUCUGUUCCUGUGUGUGGCCAUCGCGCUCUUCUCCCCUCUCCUGUACCUUAUCGAGAACGAGAUGGCCGGCUCCCAGGACUUCACCAGCAUCCCGGCCACUUACUGGUGGGCUGUGAUCACCAUGACGACCGUGGGCUAUGGCGACAUGGUUCCCAGGAGCAUCCCCGGCCAGGUGGUGGCCCUCAGCAGCAUCUUGAGCGGCAUCCUGCUCAUGGCCUUCCCUGUCACAUCCAUCUUCCACACCUUCUCCCGCUCCUACGUGGAGCUCAAGCAGGAGCAGCAGCGCCUCCUGCACCGACGGACACAGUUCCUGCUCAAGAACAAGGCCGCGGGCCUCAGCAACUUGUCGCUGGAGAGCGACGCUCUCUUUCCCAGCAUGUCUUCAGAACCACAGGACAAUGACGAGUGAAGUACCUCCCAGGAGGGUUUUUUGUUUUUUUGUUACUUUUUACCCACCCUAUUUUGUUAUGUUUCUCGGUUGGGUGACCUUCAAGACACUCUGCUUCUUUUCUUAGCACAAACAGCUUACGGGGAAAAGAUUUCCUGAGGGGAAAACGUGUGGAAAAGUAGGAGGAAACGUAUAAACACAGAGAGAGCAAAAAUGGUACCCCAAAGCGUUUGUUAAAGGAAGAUGUAAAUUGAAGCAGGGAGGAUAGUUAGAGCUUUGGAGAGUUUUGAAGGAGCCGAGGAGAGUAAAAGGUUCUUACUGGUUUGUGUGUUAUACCCAGACAUGAAAAAGGCUUCAUUUAGCAGCUCUUCAUCAGGGCUUUCAUGUGCUUCAUGUAACACAUUUAUUGACCUCUUGCUGUUCCUCCAUCCAGCUUCAAGACGUCUUUCCAGGAAGCUUAUUUUGUUUGAAAAUUCGGUUAGCACUAACCAAUAAACAGCAAAAGAGAAUCUGCAACAGAGAAUCACACAAAACUCAACAAUGGGACAUAUUCAGCAAGGAGCUGACAGAGCUGACAGAGAGUGUGCCGACGAUGUUGUCUACUUCUCCUUCUGCUGCAGUUUCUGUACAAUUCAAACUGUGUCUUACAAUGUGUCAAUAAAUUCUUAUUUCAAGGUAAUUUUCUCCUAUGUUCCCACUGCUGUAGCCAUAAUAUACACAUGAAGAGAUAUCUAAACAUAGCUACAUUCUACGGUCACCCAUCUCAUAGUGUUCAACCGUCAGGCCUGUUGUUGAAUUGCCCAAUAUAACAUUAAAUUCAUUACAACAGUAGGACCUCGAUGAUGUUAAUGAUCAAAAAGAUUAAGAGUCUCUUAAAAUAUCUUUAACUUUUAACUGAAAACAUUUUUCCCCCUGAGUUUCAAGAACAUUCCACAUGGGAAGUAUUGUGAAUAACUGAAUUAAAUUUUUGUAUUUGCAUAAAUCAUUUAAAGCAAUUUUGCAAGGAAACAAGUUAUUAAGCAUUACAUUCCUUCACAUAUUCAGGAGCUGUUCUAUUAUACCUGUGAGUUUAUCCAUUUUGCAUUAAUAUGCAAUGAAAACAUGUGCCUUAUCCAUUUUACAUAUUCACUCAAUGAACAGACAUAUCUUUGGAGAUUUCAAUAUCUGUACUUCACUGGAAUUUUGAUUGUUCGUCUUACCUGGUUAUAUGGAAAUACAGUAACAUGAUCUGUUUUGUAUUCAUACCACAGAACCAAUUUUAAAAAGUAAUUUAUUUUAUCAAACUGUACUUCAGUAAUGAUGACUGUAGUGCAACAUCCUAUGGAUUUUUCCCUUUUAUGUAUAAAUUUAAAAUCAAUUAUUUUUAGCACAUCACCGGCAACGCAGCUCUGCGCUGGUGGUUCAGUUCAAGGUGACACAACUUUCACCCAGUUCAGUGCAUGUCAGCAAGCACCCUGACCAGAUCAGACCACCCUAUACCCAGCACUCAGCUAAUUGUGUGCAGCCACUUGGGGAAUCCAAGUGUGAGAAGACAGUUCAGAAAAAAUAUGGAGACUCUUGUCCGGACCACAUUCCCCAGAAUGCUGUAGGGAAUGACUUCCUCCCCUCAGGCCCCUGGCCAGCUGAUGCAAGACAAUUGGCUGGGUGACGAUUUAAAAAGCAAUGGUCACAUAGCAUUCUGAAGGACAGAAACUAGGGAAAGGCAAAGGACUGUCUCAAAAUACAUUGACAAAACAGAAUGUCAGUAUAUCAGUAAGAGGGUGCACCACAAUUACAAACUGUACAGAUGAAAUCAGUAGGACUGGUCCAGAAUUUUGGAAGAGGGAGCUCCAAUAGGGAACAGUCAUGGGCACAUUCCAUGCAACAAAAGUUCUAAGAAGACAAUUAGGAUCAGGUUCUUGAUGAACUUAUCAGUUUGGCGUCUUAGAACUGGUAAGAAUGUAUCUGCCCACAAUAUUGGGUCUGUUCAUUAUUAUCCUACAACUAGACAGAGGGUUCUCCUGCUUUUCAUCUUGAACAUGUAGAGUGCAGGUUUUCCAUUACUUUUAACACUAUUGCAUCAGAAGUGGUUUGGUCACUCCAGUAGAGCACUGCCUGUGUAUGUGCUGUAAAGGCACAGCCGGUUCGGACAAAAUGGCAGCCUUGUCUGAACCGCGCUCCCCAGAAGCCAUUGGGAAAUGAACUGCUACUGCCCAGGUUACCUCACCAGUUGUAGGAAGACAGUUGGUCAGGUGACAGUUUAAAAUGAAGAAUGAGGUGGCUUUCUGGUUCAGUGAAUGGUAUCUGCCCUCUGUCUCCGAUGGAGUAACAUCUGUAGCAAAACCACCAGAGAAAGAUGGGGAAGGACAAAACGUUUGGAACUUGGGAACUGUGAGUUUUGACAUUUAGGUAUUUCUGGGAGAGUGUUUCUAGAUAAAGUCUUGGUGAUUCUCAGAGUGUGACUACAGUGUUUUGAGUUGUUUGUCUGGAAGCUGGUAAGCAUCUUAGUUGAGCAGCAUAAUAGAGAGGAACUAAAGAGGUCCGACAGAAGGCUUUUGUUUCCAUGUCUUGUUUGGUUUGGGGGUAUUGAAUUUCCUCACUGUAAAUAAAAGAGCAGUGUUUUU